AUGAGUAUUGAUGCGAAUCUGUUGGCCAUUGUGGUCCUGUCCCGGGGAAAGUGUGGGCUCUCAAAAUGUAUCACCCGCUACAUGGUGGCCAUGGCAGUGGCCGAUCUCCUGUUCGCCAUCAACGAAGUGGUUUUGAACCACAUACAUUCUCUUUAUUUCAAUCACACAUUUCUGGACAUCACUCCCGUGUGUUCACUCAGAAUGGUGCUGAUGUCGGCGGUGACACACAUGUCAGUCUGGUUCACAGUGGCUUUCACCUUUGAUCGCCUGGUCGCCAUCUGUUGGGUGAAACUGAAAACAACUAUUGGUAUUGCAGCGAAUCUGUUGGCCAUUGUGGUCCUGUCCCGGGGAAAGUGUGGGCUCUCAAAAUGUAUUACCCUCUACAUGGUGGCCAUGGCAGUGGCCGAUCUCCUGUUCGCCAUCAACGAAGUGGUUUUGAACAAGAUACAUUCUCUUUAUUUCAAUCACACAUUUCUGGACAUCACUCCCGUGUGUUCACUCAGAUUGGUGCUGAUGUCGGCGGUGACACACAUGUCAGUCUGGUUCACAGUGGCUUUCACCUUUGAUCGCCUGGUCGCCAUCUGUUGGGUGAAACUGAAAACAAUCAGUCACAUUUUAGCGGCCAACAGAAUCCGCAGAAACCUCCUGCACCAGAAAAGUAAUAGUGGCAAUGAUGCAGAGAUGGAGAACCGAAGAAAAUCCAUCAUCUUACUGUUCGCCAUAUCAGGCAGCUUCAUCCUGUUGUGGCUAAU